AUGGCGGCCACCACCACCUUCCUCCGCGAGGCCGAGCUCCGCCUCCUACGCUGCACCCUCCCCUCCCCUACAUCCCAACCAGCGCCCCCCUCACCUCCCCCAGCCCACCCGCUCGGCCCUAUCGCCGCCUCCGCCCUCGCCGCCGUUGAGGCCGGGGACUACACGGCCGCGCUCGCAUCCGCUGUCCCGCACCUCCUCCACGGUUCCACCUUAGCCUCCGCCGAUUUUGCCACUGCCUCCCCGGCCCAAGUUUGUGCCGACCUCGCUGCCGCUGCCGAGUCGUUCCUCCAGGGGGAUGGCGGAGCGACGGCGGGCGAAGGGUUCCAGUGCCGGUGCGCAGUUGUUCUCUCCGCGGCGGUGGCUGCGCUGCUCGCAUUCACGCAGCAGAACGUGACGGGACCUUCUGGAAAGUUUUCCCCCUUCCCUUUCCAGAUUCCAUCUUUGGAUGAAGGGUGGUUCAGUGAUCCUGGAUGCAAAUGGGAUGCAUGGGCUUCAGAUCAUUUAGCUUCUCUUGGUUCCCAUGUUCAUGGGAAAUUCUCUCUCUUGCAGUUCAUUAUCUUCGCAGAACUUCUAUUCACAAGCAUAAAGAGUCUGGACUUCUCUGAUUGUUGGAGUGUGUCAUGGUGGUUGUGCAGAAUAUCCAUGUGCCAGCAGAAUAUUCUAGAUGAGCAAUCGUCCUCCUUGUUUGAUCAAGUUCAAGUGUACAAAAAUAAAGUGCUGAACCAUUUUGGUGAACUUGAAAAGGUUUCUAGCUACUGGGGUUCUUUGUUAUGUGAUGAAGAAGGGUCAUCUUUUGUCUCAGCUGCGUUUCUAGAAGCUGGAAUUGCGGAGUAUAAAUAUGGUCGAGUUGAUGCUUCAAGGUUGCAUCUGGAUAGUGCUCAAGAGGCAUGUGGGAUUCAUCUCUCUCUCACAGGGAUUCUUGGUUUUCGAACAAUACACCAGGUGGAUGCGAAGUCCCAAAUGGUACUAGUUGCGAAGACUACUAAACCAGCAGAUGAUGAGGGACAAUCAGCAGAGCUAACAGGAGCUCAGAGUGAUGGGGUGGCUUUAAAAACUGUGAGGAGCUCUGUUCCUAGUGAAAGUGAUGAAUUUUGUGAUAUACUGAGAACACCUAGACUGGCACAAAAUGGGAAUGACUCGAUCAGUGAGAGUACGCCAUCUGCAAGCACAAAGAUAUCACUAACUGCUAUCCAGCAGGCUGCUGUACUUGCACAAUGUUUACAUGUGAGUCGGAGGAGUCGGAGUGAUGAAAUGUCUGGGUGGGAGAUGGCACCUUACAUAGAGUCAAUUGAUUCUCAAGAUGAAUCUUACUUUGUGGUCAGGAGCUUGUGUAAUGUUCUGCGUAUUAGGUGGGAGUCCACCCGCAGUCGGACAAAACAGCGGGCACUCUUAAUGAUGGAGAAUUUGGUUGAAGAUAUUGCCAAAGAAUUUCCUGUGGUUUCACAAAGAGCCAAAAUGGUUUUUGGAGUUCAUAUGCCGACUAUUCCUGCAUUAAGGAAAGAAUAUGGCGAACUUUUGAUAAGUUGUGGUUUACUUGGAGAAGCUUUGAAUGUAUUCAAAGAUCUUGAAUUGUGGGAUAAUCUAAUCUAUUGCUAUCGAUUAGCGGGUAAAGUUGCGGAUGCAGUUAGUCUAAUAAAUGCCCGUCUCUUGGUUACACCAAAUGACCCAAGGUUAUGGUGCUCACUUGGCGAUGCUACAAAUAACGAUGAUCAUUAUAAGAAAGCAUUGGAAGUCUCAAAUAACAGAUCUGCUAGAGCCCUGCGUUCGCUGGCUCGCAGUGCAUACAACAGGAAUGACUUCUAUUCAUCAAAAAUUCUCUGGGAAUCUGCAUUGGCGUUGAAUUCUUUGUUUCCAGAUGGCUGGUUUGCCUAUGGUACAGCUGCAUGGAAGGAUAAAGACCUUGACAAGGCUGUGGAUGCGUUUAGUCGUGCUGUGCAGAUAGAUCCUGAAAAUGGAGAAGCAUGGAACAACAUAGCCUGCCUGCACAUGAUUAGAGGAAAGAGCCAAGCGGCAGUCCAGGCAUUCAAGGAAGCUGUAAAGUACAAGAGGAAUAGCUGGGAAGUUUGGGAAAAUUACAGUAAGGUUGCUUUGGACACAUGCAAUAUUCAACUGACACUUGAAGCUGUCAAAACGAUUUUGAAUUUGUCGUCGAACAAGCGCUUCAAUGCUGAUUUAUUGGACAAGGUGAUGACCACUCUCGAAGAACAAGCUACCCAUCUUAAUAAUACACAAGAAGCUGAAUCCAUAAGCAAUACUUCAUAUGAUGCACAUGAAGAGACUAGGCGAUCAAAUCAAUUGCUAGAUAUAAUUGGCGAUAUCCUUCAGCAGAUUGUACGAAGUGGUGCUAGCAAUGCAGAGAUAUGGGGAUUAUAUGCAAGAUGGCACAAAAGCAAGGGAAACCUCAUGGCAUGCUCUGAAGCUUUGUUAAAGCAAGUUCGAUCCCUGCAGGGUUCAGGGUUAUGGCAUGAGCAGAUAAAAUUCACAAAAUAUGCUCAAGCUUCUCUCCAGCUUUGCAAGGUCUACAUUGAAAUUUCUUCCACGACUGGAAGCAGACGAGAAUUAUUGUCAGCUGAGAUGCAUCUUAAAAGCUCGUUAAAACAGGCAACGGACUUCUCAGGUACGGAGGAGUAUAAAGCACUUAAUGACUGCCUUGUAGAAUUAAAGGAGCUGAUUGGUGGUGCAUAGACUUGCUGAACUUCUCUUUCUGGUCGAUCUCAGUUGUGAACCAAGGCCACCUCAUCAGGACGGCAAAACAAAGGCUCUGGCUGCAAAUUCUUGGUAUAUAGCUUACCGCAAAGGAAUAGCCCUCAACUUUCCAAAAUACAAGGGUCAUCGUAUAUCAGCUCAUGGGAGAUUGGGACGAGAGGAGCAUCUAAAUCUUGAGGAAAGUAGAGAGGUAAUUUAUAUGCGUAACUUAAAGCUCAAGUUAUGUGGGGCUACGCCCAAGUUCAACACCAACAAGAAACCACCUCCUUAUAUUAGUUUACUUGUCGGAAGAACCUAUGUUGUUGUAAUCCCAUUUUCUAAUUUCCUUAUAUGUGGUUCUGGUUUACUAAGAGUUUUUUCUGGAUCCUAAAAUUUGAGAUUGAAAUGUUUGGAACAAUUGAUUUAGCCUUAAAUCUUGAGAAUGGUC